UAUAGACGUUUAUAAGAAGUAGAAGGGCAAAAAAGAUUAAAAAUCAAACCAAUGACCACAGAAAAGUACCACCAGAAAAUUUCAAACUCAAUAGUCAAUAUUCCAACUCAAUCGCAAACUGUUAAUCGAAUUAUCGUCAAGGUACUUAAUUAAUAAUUAUCAACACCUUUGCAUAUUGGACCCACCAAUUGAUCUUAAGGGAAAGGUUUCCCAAAAUUAAUUUAUCCAUAGUAAAAUCACCAAAAUGAAAAACAAAAUGUUUAGCAAAAAUACUAUUGAACUCCAUCGAGUUGUUUAAGCUAAACCCAAAAGACAGGAGAAUCAAUUGAAAACAUUAAACCAGUUGAAAGGGAGAGAGAGAGACCAGUCACCAGGUUGUUCAGUAGAGUAGAUUAUCCCGUUUAUCCCUUAGAACUCUUAGAAGUAGUUUAUCAGAGGAAAAGUCAUCUGAAAGUAGUUCUUUGUAUACUUCCACUCUUGAAGAAAUAUACGUCUACUUCACACCUUUACAAUAUACAAAAGUUGUUUAGUAUUGAUUUUUAAAAUUAUGUACUUUUUUUUCCAGUUUAAAACAGGGCUUCAAACCCGUACCCGAAUACCCGAAUACCCGAACAAAAAUCCAUAAAUUUCUGUACCCGAACCCGUACUCUUACCCGAAAAAAUAAAACAAGGAAUACCUGUACCCGAACCCGUACCCGAUUAAACUAUUUUGAACCCGAAUACCCGAUAGAUCGGGUAUUUUUUCAGGUAUUUCAUCAAAAUUGUAUCAAAAAUGGCGAAAAUUGAAGAAAAUCCCAUACCCGUACCCGAAAAUUUUCUGUACCCGUACCCGAUCCUCUGAAAAAAAUUUCUGUACCCAUACCCGAUACCCGUACCCGAAAACGUUUGGGUUUGAAGCCCUGGUUUAAAAUUCUCAAUACCUAAUGAGUCAGAUAAGAGAAUUUGUGUUGAGAAUUGGCGAUGUACUUCCCAAAGGACCACAGCCGAAUGAUGCCGUCUACUUUUUGCCGCUGUACAUUUUGCAAUACCAAGUGCUUUUAGCUGCACGCCUCUUUCAAUGACUUAUGAGAACAACUGGCCUCUUCGAAGGAUGUACUGCAGAAAUAUUGCCUCCUAUAUGUGUGCGACAUUACGUUUAGAUUUUUGCAUUCUAGAAGAUAGCAACUUUUUCUAUUUAAGCGUCAGUGUGCCUACUUAUUGUUACACGAAAACUAGUGAAAACUCAGAUGAGAACAAAAUUGACUCGGAUGAGAAUGAAAUUGACUCAGAUAAGCUUGAAAGUGAAGUUUACACUAUUCGUAAUAUCAUAAAUUUAAUUGGUGAUAAAGUAUUCAACAAGUUCGUAACACUCGAUCACAAAACCAAGCAAGCAGAAUUUUCUCAUUAUGGUAUUGACUUUAAGUUACCUAAACUUGAAGAUCCUAAGAAGCAACCUGCUGUUGAACAGAAAGAAAGACAAAAAAUAACUAAUAUGGGCUUGAGUGCCACUACCUCAACUGAUAUACCUGCAGGUGAUUCCAUAAUACUAGAAUCAGACUGGAAGCAAUUAUGUACCCUGAAGGGAAACAGUUUGCCAAAUGAAAGUUCAAGACUCCUAGCCACUAUUCUUUGGUUUUCUAUAGGAUAUCAAUCCAAUGAACAAAAUUAAAUGGAAACAUGGCCAGUAGAUAUCAAGUACAAAGGAACUUUAGUACCGUAUAUGUUUCAGUAUAAAGUCUUUUACUUUUCCAUGUUAGAUAAUGGAAAAGAGUUCUUUUUAGUGGUUCGUGUAAGUAAUAGAAUCAUGGCUGUUUUUUUGAAAAUUUGAUUUAUCUGAUUUUUAUGUAAAUUAGGAUAACAUUUUUAAAUGUUGAUUAGGAUGAAAAUCAUUCUUUUGUGAUUUCCCGAAAACUUACAAAGAAACUAGUGCCUAAAUUUAAAAACAGAAUAGAGUUCAUUGAUUCCUGUAAAUUACGUGCCAUUAAUGCAUGGGUGUCCGCACUUUUUACACAUGUGUAGGUAUUCACUUUUUGUUGUAUAAAUAGUAAUAAUGUGAUAUAUUUUAAUGUAAUUGUACGUUUAGUUUACAGAAGGCAUAUACUCGAUUAUUGGAUGAAGAUGAAGAGAGAUCAUGGAUCAGUGAUUCAAGCAUAUCUCUCACUAGUGACAACGAGUUCGAGUUUGUGUAGAUAGUUUAUCCUUCAAGUUCACUUAGAUAUAAAUGUAGUGUGCCUUAUCUAGUCUAAUUGUACUAAAUACAUAUAAUUUUUCAAAGAAA